UUCCACUCGUUACCACAGCCACACAGUCAAAAUUGGCUAUAUCGUAAAAAGGGGUGAAAAAAAUAAGCUUUUGCUCUUAAUCAAAGUGUAGGGUUAGCCAUAAAGUUGGGGUCUGGUUUAAAACGAGAUUUUAAGAAGAUAAAUGGUAGAAAUAGGCGGGGUUUAUUACUUAGUGACAACAAUAAAACGCCGUAGAGAAAGGAGAAUCCUAGUAAUUCGCUUUUGGCUUACUGCAACACAAAUCUAAAAUGGCAGGAGCUGAUGGAGAUGAUUCUCUCUACCCCAUCGCCGUGCUCAUUGACGAGCUUCGUAAUGAGGAUGUGCAGCUGCGACUGAACAGCAUCAAGAAGCUGUCUACCAUCGCACUGGCCCUGGGAGUGGAGAGGACCCGCACUGAACUCCUCCCCUUUCUCACAGACACCAUCUAUGAUGAGGAUGAGGUGCUUCUUGCCUUGGCUGAGCAGCUGGGCAACUUCACCAUGCUGGUGGGAGGCCCUGAAUAUGUUCACUGUCUGCUGCCGCCGCUGGAGAGCCUGGCUACCGUGGAGGAAACGGUUGUGCGAGACAAGGCGGUAGAGUCUCUGCGUAAGAUCUCCCAGGAGCACUCUCCUGUGGACCUGGAGGUGCACUUUGAGCCCCUGGUGAAGAGGCUGGCCAGUGGUGACUGGUUCACCUCCCGCACCUCCGCCUGUGGCCUGUUCAGCGUCUGCUACCCCCGCGUGUCCAGCACCGUCAAGGCUGAAAUACGCCAGCAUUUCCGCACUCUGUGCUCAGAUGACACUCCCAUGGUGCGCCGCGCCGCAGCGUCCAAGCUUGGGGAAUUCGCCAAGGUUCUGGAGCUGGACUAUGUCAAGAGUGACAUCAUCUCCCUCUUCACCGCACUGGCCUCUGAUGAGCAGGACUCAGUGCGCCUGCUGGCCGUGGAAGCUUGUGUGAGCAUCGCCUCGCUGCUGCCCCAGGAGGACCUUGAGACCCUGGUGAUGCCCACCCUGCGCCAGGCCGCCGAGGAUAAGUCCUGGAGGGUCCGCUAUAUGGUGGCUGACAAGUUCUCUGAGCUCCAGAAAGCAGUGGGCCCAGAGAUCACCAAGAACGACCUCGUCCCAGCCUUCCAGAACCUGCUCAAGGACUGUGAGGCUGAGGUCCGAUCCGCUGCCGCCAAAAAGGUCAAGGAGUUUUGCGAGAACCUUCCAGAAGACAGCAGAGAGACCAUCAUCAUGACUCACAUUUUGUCCUGUGUCAAGGAACUGGUGUCUGACACCAGCCAGCACGUGAAGUCUGCCCUGGCCUCUGUCAUCAUGGGCCUGUCCACCAUCCUGGGUAAAGACAACACAGUGGAGCACCUGCUGCCUCUGUUCCUGGCCCAGCUCAAGGAUGAGUGCCCUGAGGUGCGCCUCAACAUCAUCUCCAACCUGGACUGUGUCAACGAGGUGAUCGGCAUCCGCCAGCUCUCCCAGUCGCUGCUGCCUGCUAUCGUGGAGCUGGCCGAGGACGCAAAGUGGAGGGUCCGCCUGGCCAUUAUCGAGUAUAUGCCCCUGUUGGCCGGACAGCUGGGAGUGGAGUUCUUUGAUGAGAAGCUGAACACCCUCUGCAUGGCAUGGCUCAUUGACCACGUAUACGCGAUCCGCGAGGCAGCCACCUGUAACUUGAUGAAGCUGGUGGAGAAGUUUGGAGCCGAGUGGGCCCAGAACACCAUCGUGCCCAAGGUGCUGGGUAUGGCCAACGACCCCAACUACCUGCACAGGAUGACCACCCUCUUCUGCAUCAAUUCGCUGUCUGAGGCCUGUGGCCAGGACAUCACCACUAAGCAUAUGCUGCCCGUGGUCCUCAAGAUGUCCAACGACCAGGUGGCCAAUGUGCGCUUCAAUGUGGCCAAGUCCCUCCAGAAGAUAGGCCCUGUCCUGGACAGCAGUGCCCUGCAGACCGAGGUGAAACCGGUCCUGGAGAAACUAGCCACAGACACCGAUAUGGAUGUUAAGUACUUUGCCCAGGAAGCUAUACGUGUUCUGGCCCUGGCAUAAACCAACUCAAGCUUGGCUAUCCAGAGGAAACAAAAACCCAAGAUGGCACGACAUUGAACACUUUUCACAAUAUAUUUAUUGAUGUUGAAGAGGAAAUGGUGAUGUAUGGAGAAUUAAUGGCGCCUAUUAACAUCUAUUGUUCUUUUUUUUUACUCCGAAAAUAAAAUGUCCAAGAAAAGCGCAGGCUUCUAAUUUCCCCUCGCUGUAAAUCUUUUGCGUUUCCAAGUGUGAUGAAACAUGCAUUUAAGCACAGUAUGCUGACCACUGUGCAUAAGUAACAUUGCUGGUUUGACCCACACAUUCCUCCCCGUACAUACAUAGCCGUUGACUGUAACGUUACUAUUAGCACGGCCCCUUUCGCUGCCACGUUUCUCUGUACGAAGCACCCAGAACACGCAAGCCAUCUCUUGGUUGCUUGUCUAAGUGCUAGACACAUGCUAUUGCUGCAGCAGAUGGUGAGGAAGGCUGUUUUAUUUGCUUGUGAAGAACCGCAAGGCUAAGGCACCCACAGAUUUGUUUACAUGUGCUGCUUCCUCUCCUGGGACAUUUCUCAUGUAUUCAGAAAAGCUGUUGUGCAGCACCCCAUCCUCUUUUUCUGUCCUGUGUCCACAAUGAAUUAUGGUUUAAUUCGUUUGAGAACAUUGGGUGUGGAUUACUCAUUUCUAUCUAGACUUAAGGGGAUACUUUGAUUUUGGCAAUGAUGCCCUGUAUCUACUUCCCCGGAGUUAGAUGAACUUGGGCAUACCAUUUUUUUGUGUGUCCAGUAUGAAGGUAGUUUCAUGAGCCAAAGUGAACUAACGCUAGUUAGCAACUUCGUUCAAACUGCACACCGAGACAAAUGGUAUCCACAGGUCUGUUUGUUUGACGCAGGGGGGAACAGUGGGAGAAUUUGUCCACAAUCUCUCUUGCUAUAUUGCUCUUAAUUGUUGUGCCAAUUACUGAUGAGCAAUGUUUUUUGUUUUUUUUUGCAAGUUUUCAUAAGGUUUAACUCUUGAUUGUCCUAAUGUUUUCUGUUCUCUAAAGACAAGGCAUCAUUCCUCAGUUAAACAAGGCUGGCCACUACAGCUAAAAUGACCGGAGCACUAAGAACAGGGCUCUGUGUAGGUGGUUGCAUAAAUGUUUUAUAGAAUGAUUUGGUCAAUUACGGUCAAAAGAAACUCAUUGUCUCCCUCCCCAUUUCCCAUCGUUCUCUUAAAUAAAUAAACCUUGAUUUUUCUCAUAUCAUGAAGACCCCACUUUGGUUUUUAUUGAAGUCUCUUCACAAUUGUGAUGCUGUACUUUUAUCUUGAACUGAAUAAAGUAAUAUAAAGAUU